AUGAUUGAUGAAAACAGACAACACUGGAAGUGUAUGUAUUGUCACCUGACUAGGUAUGGUGGUGGUGUGUCUAGACUCAAACGGCAUCUUGCUGGUGAUUUGGAUGUCAAAAUGUGCCCAAAGGUUCCAGCAGAUGUUGCUGAAAAUAUUAGGGAACAUUUGCAGAAGAAAAGAGAGAGACGAAAGACGCGAGCUGCACAGAAUGGUGUCAACAGUGUGACCAGGAGCUCUGCUGAUGAUACCAAGGCUGAGAAGGAUCCUUUACCUGUUGACUUAGAGGUGCCAACUCGAAUAGACACUUACAUUCUUGAAGAAGGCACUAACCUGACAAAUGCGGAUCAUCAGGAGCCUACCAUUUUUAGGCCUCCCUUGUUGCUACGAGGGGUAAGGGAUAUUGGGUGGGAGCAUGCAGUGGAUCUUGAUGGAAAUAAAAAACGGUGGCAGUGCAAGUGGUGUGAUUUAUGUCGAAGUGGUGGAGUAACUACAUUGAAGGCUCAUCUUACUGACAACAGCUGCCCGAAAAUUCCAAUGGAAAUGUCAAAGCAAGUGUUGCACUUCGUUGAAGAGAAAAGAGCAGCACGACAACUUUUUAAUAGGCACCCAUGGCCCCCUUACAAGAAAAUUGAUGGGGUUAGUCUUUUUUGCUCAGAAGGGAAAGAGGAGGGGACUGGAUCAUAUAAGAAUGGUCAGCAACCUUCAAAUAAUGGUAUGCAUAUGCAAACAUCAGGGAAUUGCACUAUUGACGAGGUGUACCUUUUAAACUUUGGUCAUUAA